AUGAAACUCGUUUUUCUGCUCUUCUUCUUUGAUGUCACACUUUCAGUGAAACACUCGCUGAAGUUUUUCUUCACAGUGUCCUCUGGAGUCAAACACAUCCCAGAUUUUGUGGGUGUGGCAUUGAUUGAUGAAGUUCCAGUAGGUCGCUGUGACAGCAUCGGGGAGAAAGCAGAAUUCACACAGGACUGGAUGAAAAAACUGAAAGAAGAUGAUCCACAACACUUGGAUUGGUACACUCAGGAGUCUUUGUUUGUCCAUAAUAAAUACAAUGCUGCAAUUGACAUGAUGAAGAAUCAACUGAACCAAACUGGAGGUGUCCACAUCUUACAGGGGAUGAAUGGCUGUGAAUGGGACGAUGAGACUGGAGAGAUUAAUAGAUUUGCUCAGUUUGGUUAUGAUGGAGAAGACUUCAUAGCAUUUGACCUGAAGACACUGACAUGGAUCGCUCAAAAACCAGAAGCUCUCAUCAUCAAACAGCAAUGGGACAGAAAUAGACCAAAGAAUGACUAUAGGAAAUCCUUCCUCACUCAGCGUUGUCCUGAGUUUUUGAAGACAUAUUUGGACCUUGGGAAGAACUUUCUGUUGAGAACAGAGCUUCCCUCAGUGUCUCUCCUCCAGAAGACUCCCUCCUCUCCAGUCAGAUGCUUCGCUACAGGUUUCUACCCUGACAGAGUCAUGAUGUUCUGGAGGAAAGAUGGAGAGGAGCUUCAUGAGGACGUGGAACUUGGAGAGAUCCUCCCCAACCAUGAUGGAUCCUUCCAGAUGAGUGUUGACCUGAACCUUUCAUCAGUCACACCUGAAGACUGGAGGAGGUACGAAUGUGUGUUUCAGCUCUCUGGUGUGAAGGACGACAUCAUCACCAAACUGGAUAAAGCUGUGAUCAAAACUCACUGGGUUCCUCCCUCAGAGUUCCCUGCUGGUCCUGUUAUUGGAGGUGUUGUAGGACUGCUGCUGCUCCUGGCAGUCUGCAUCACUGGAGUCUUCAUCUGGAGAAGGAGAAAUAAUGACCCAGCUACAAUACCUGACCCCGCCCCAGAGACGGGACGAUUAGAGUUCAAGAGUGCACUGGGAGGGGAGAGGACAGAGAAUCUCUGUGUCACCUCUCCAUGGCACGGGAUGGCUUGUGGACAAAAGGUGUCAAACGGAGCGUUGGACUUGGCCUGCCAUGUCCUCCUGAGGCUGCUCCUAAUCCUAUUACUGCGGGCUGUGGAGGAGUAUGGAUCCUGUCCCUUCAUCCCAGAAACUAUUAAACUGGUUGUGACCCUUGACCCCCUGACCCUCACUCCUGACCCCUGGACCCGUUCCCACGCCACGCCUUUUUGUGUCCACCUCGCCAUGGCAACACCUUGGUCACUGCUGCUGCCACGGUAA